GCAAAGGCGAUGGAUUAAACUCGUCGUUGAACCGACGCACGAAUUGAGUUUUUCACAACGUCGCCUUUGACCAGCUCGAUGGUAUCACAGUCACUGACGCAGAUGGUCUAAGAUGCGACCACACUCGACCAUGGGCCCGAUCCCUCUGCCUCUAGCAGGCAUCUCAGCUGGUGACUCUGACAUUGAACAGGCCAACAUAGCCGAGGUUACUAACAUCGACGAUGUCGAGGACAAAACGAACCCAACCGCGCUUGGAGAGUCGGCAACAGUCAAAGCAGAUGUGAUCGAUAUCCCUCUCAACAUCGACGCCCUAGAACCGGCAUUCCAACUCACAGAAUGCUUGCGAUCCAACGGCAUCGAGGGAAUCCUCGAGGAAGACUACCCAUCAUCACUUGAUGCUAAAUACCAAUCCCCAUUUGCGUGGCCCUUGCGAAAGAAGAUCACAUUCCUCUUCGGAACCUUCUUUGCCUCAACUCUGGCCGCCUAUUCUGCCGGCGCAUACGCCAUGGCCGCAGUCCCUCUGACCGAGAAGUGGAAGCUUUCCAAUACAGAGUUUAACCUCGGCAUCACCCUCUUCGUCUUGGGCUUCGGCUUCGUGCCCAUGAUACUAGCCCUGAUCAGCGAGAUCUGUGGAGGCAAUACUACUGUAUUGGAUCUGAUGAUGAUGAAGGGAAAAGCUGAGCGCUGGCUGGGCUGGAUAUCUGGGCAAGGUAUCUACGGCCGGUACUGGGUCUUCGUCGGCUCUGGGACGGCAGCAGCACCUCCGCCGGAGCAGGCUGGGUAG